AUGAAAUCCCCCAUCCCGGAUUACCUCAACCGCGUCCUGGAGAAUGCGCGACCCAACGAGGCCGGCGCCCCAGCGGGCUACAUUGACGUGCUCGCCAAAGCGGACACGUCCAAAAUGGCCGUCGCCCUCGCCAUGGUAGACGGGAACCUCUACUCGGCAGGCGACGACCGCGUCGAGUUCUCCAUCCAGUCCAUCUCCAAAGCCUUUGUCUACGCUCUCGCCAUAGAGGACGCGGGCCUCCCCGCCGUCCUCGAAAAGAUCGGCGUCGAGCCCUCGGGCGACGCCUUCAACCGCCUCUCCCUCGAGCGCGGGUCCAACAGGCCCAUGAACCCCAUGAUCAACGCCGGCGCCAUCACGGCGCACUCCCUCGUCGUGUCCCCCUCCGCGACGCUGGAACAGCGCACAGAACGCAUCCUCACCGCCCUCUCGCGCCUCGCGGGCCGCCAGCUGCACGUAGACGAGGAAGUCUACGAGGCGGAACUCAAAGACGCGGACCGCAACAUGGGCAUCGGGUACAUGCUCAAAGCCGCGGGCAUCAUCACCUGCGACCCGCGCGAGGCCGUAAAGGGGUACAUCCGGCAGUGCUCCAUCAGCGUCAACGUCCGCGACCUGGCCGUCAUGGCCGCCACGCUCUCCAACGGCGGCGUGCAGCCUCUGACGGGCGAGUCCGUCAUCCCGCAGACGAGCGUGAGGCAGGUGUUGUCGGUGAUGACCACGUGCGGCAUGUACGACGCCGCGGGCGACUGGGUCUCCAACGUCGGGAUCCCCGCGAAAUCGGGCGUCGCGGGCGGGAUCAUCGGCGCGUUGCCGGGGCAGGUCGGGCUCGCUUCUUUCUCGCCGAAACUCGAUGAGCGGGGGAACAGUGUGCGCGGGGUAGCCAUGUGCGAGCAGCUCUCGCGCGAUAUGGGCUUGCAUAUGAUGGACGUGAGUCAGAUUGCCAGCGCGACGGUGAGGACUUCGGUGGCGACGCUCGUUGCGGGAGCGCAUGAGCCGCAUAACCCGAAUUGUCAGCGGGAGGUGGUCAUUUUCAGUCUGCGCGGCGCGGUGCGGUUUGCUGGGUCAGAGAGGUUGACGAGGGCGCUGGCAAGGGAGCUGGGGUCGCCGGAUCCGGAGGAUCCCGGGUCGGGACGGCAUGAGAAUGCGUGUGCGGUUGUUUUCUCGUUUCGGGAUGCGUAUUCGUUGAAUAAUAUCGCCAAGAGGAUCGUUCAUGAGAACAUUCGGAGGUUACUGCUGGAUGAGCGGAGUGUUGUUGUGGUUGACCCGAACGGGGUGUUGGGGAUGGAGGUUGACGCGGAGGGGGAGAAGAAGCCGCAUCCACAUGUAUUCAAGUCUGAGAAGGAUGCAAGGGAUUUCAUUGGAGGAAUGGGUUGUCAGGCUGUAUUUAAGGAGGAUAGUUGGUGA